AGUUUUUGUGUUUCUACCUUACAUGCAGAGAUGACUGACUUGGAGUGGGAACAGACUUUGGGAAAUGGGAGGAGCAAAGGAGCUAUAAACUAUAAGCUGGGAAAAAAAUUCAGGGAGCAUCUUUGUCACCUGAAAGAAUACACCUAAGAAAGAACAACACUUAGAAGGACAUCACUGGACAAUCUGGCAUAUUCCUGGAAGCUUUGGGAGAUGGACCAGCAGCAGGGAUUAGCAGGCCUAUAUUGAAAAGGAGAAAAUGCUUUGUGGGGUAAUGUGUCUUCCAGCCUAGAGCUCGAGACUAUAGGCAGAAGAGAAAGAUUCAGACAUUAUCUUGCCUCCCUAACCCAUAUGCUGAGGAGAAACUUGGGACCAGAGCAGGGAAGACACUUAGCCAAGGUCACACAAGAAGUUGAGGCAGAAUGAGGACCACUACCCGAGCCUACUGACUGUCAGUCCCAAGCUCCACAAUCACAUUUCAUAGGGAGCUAGCUAGGACAGAGAUGUCUUCCCUCACCCACCAUCUGUCCCAAGGGAAUGAAGGAUGGCAGCUCGCCGUGCAUUAAAAGCUGUUUUGGUAGAUCUCAGUGGCACAAUUCACGUGGAAGAUACAGCUUUGCCAGGCGCACAGGAAGCUCUUAAAAGGUUGCGUGCUGCUUCUCUAACGGUUAGGUUUGUGACCAAUACAACCAAAGAGAGCAAGAGAGACCUACUGGCAAGGUUGAAAAAGUUGGAGUUUGAUAUCUCUGAAGAUGAGAUAUUUACUUCUAUGAUUGCAGCCAGAAACUUACUAGAGGAGAAACAAGUCCGGCCCAUGUUGCUAGUUCACGAUCAGGCAUUAGCUGAUUUCAAAGGAAUACAAACAAGAGAUCCUAAUGCUGUGGUCAUAGGAUUGGCACCAGAACAUUUUCAUUAUCAAACUCUAAAUGAAGCAUUCCGCUUAAUCCUGAAUGGGGCACCUCUGAUAGCAAUCCACAAAUCCAGGUAUUACAAGAAGACAGAUGGCUUAGCCCUGGGGCCUGGACCAUUUGUGACUGCUUUGGAGUAUGCCACAGAUACCGAAGCCAUAGUAGUAGGAAAACCAGAGAAGACAUUCUUUUUGGAAGCACUGCGGGGCACUGGCUGUGGACCUGAAGAGGCCGUCAUGAUAGGAGACGAUUACAAAGUUGAUGUUGGUGGGGCUCAGGAUGUUGGCAUGCUGGGCAUCUUAGUAAAAACUGGAAAAUACCGACCAGGAGAUGAAGAAAAAAUUAGUCCACCUCCUUACUUAACAUGUGAGAGUUUCCAUCAUGCUGUGGACCACAUUCUGCAGCAUCUACUGUGAACCAUUAUGUGAAUCAGAAGCAACUUGAAACGCAGCUUUUCAUCGCCUGGAAUGAAUCCCUUACCAACUCAGCGCCAGCACAGGCAGACACAGCCCCCAGCGCUGAGAUGUGUAACCCUCUUGUAUUGUGCACUAAUUAGAAAGAAAAGUACUGAAUACAGCUAGCCACUAAGCCUUGCUUAUCUCUUUUGUUGUAUUUUGUAAAAGAAGAUGAGACCUGAAAAAAGGGGAAGCUGAGAUUUUAUGCCAUUCCUUUUAAAAUAUUCAUCAGAUUAGGCAGGGCUGGGAGGGAGAAGCUACUGCAGGGAGUCGAGUUCUCGGCUGUCUCCUCACUGGUAAAUUGGAAGAAUGGGUUCAGAUUGUGAAUGAAGUUGAAAGAUGCAUUACGCUACAGUUUUAAUAUUCAGUUCAGCUGUGAAACCCAUCAGAAGUGCCAAGUGGAGUACAAGUCAGAAGCAGCAAAAUAAAUUGUCCUUUGGCCCAAGUGAUUGAAUGAAUUUGCUUUAACGGAUGUUGAAAACUAGAUUAUCUGCUGUAUUAUUCCCAGCACGGAUGACUUCUUUUUCUCUUCAUUAGCCAGAGAUGACUAAUUUAAAUUUAGAACCCGAUUUUAAUUUAAAAUAAUAUUUCCAUUAAUAACCUAUUCAUUGCAGAUACCUAUUAUACUGUGUAACAGUUGUUUUGGAAAUUUUAUGUAAAAUUAAAACUAUCAGUAUUUUACAGAUGUUUUAAUUAGACAUUGUUAUUAACAGGAACAGUGCAGAAACUAAAAUCAAGCCUUUAAUGUCUUAUAGACCAUGCAUUUUUGAAGUUAGUGUCCACAAGGGUCCUAUUUACUGUACAUUUGCAAGAUUUCAUUAUUUUUGCCUCUGACACUAUGGGAAAAAUCUUUUAGAAGCUAUUGGGACAGAUUCAGGCUUUUAUGUACUUGGUUACUACAGCUGUAAAAUGAAAUCGCGUCUGGUAGCAUGGAUUAUUCUUCUCAUGUUAAACCCACCAAAAUGAAGGGGACUAAAUAGGUAAUGAUUUUCCUAGUGCAUUUGCAUACUGUGAUAAUCCUGGGCCUUUGCAAUUGUUUUACAGGACUCUUGGGCAUUGAAUUAUUAGCAUGUAAUUGUACAUCAUUGUAGUGUUCACCUUAUUGAAGCACACACUGAUGUUAAUGAGCUUUGGGUUUUGAUUCUUGUUUAGAUAUCAGCUUGAUUUAAAAAUGGGAGGGAGCAAAGCUAAAUAAAUUGCAGCUCUUCUCCUCCUCUCCUUUUGGUAGUUUGGUGACCACUGUCUUUGUUCUUGCAGAAGCCCCAACUUGGUACCUAAACAUACUAGAUAGAGAUAGAUGUGACAGGGCCACCACCCCAGAUCGAAAGAUGAGUGAGUGGCAGAGAGCAUAGAUAUGGGAGCCUAUCCAGCAUGUACAAUAACUAGUUCUCUAAUCCUGGGCAAAUGAUCUAGCCUCACGUGCCUCCUUUCCCUGAUCUGUAAAAAUGGAGAUAACGAUCAUGUCCACCACACAGGCUUGUGAGGGUUAAAUUCAUGUUCAUACAUUAGGUACUUAGAAUCAAGCAAAUGCUAGAUGGUGGUGGUAGUGGUGGUGUAGUAUCCACAAUGUUUAACAAUGUGGAAAGGAUUGGUGGGAUUCCUCUCUCUAGUUCCUUCAAUGGGGAAAGUCUUCCUGAGAGUUUUAAAAAAGAAAG